GUCAGUUAGAUGUUUUAAGGUUAUACUAAGAGAGGAAAUUCGUUUCUUUGACUGAGAACUAGUGUUUUUUUAUUGUUGUUGCCGUGUGUACGUUAAAAACGAGUGUUUUCAAUAAUUUGAUGUAUUGUUUUGAAGUGUAUCACUUGUGACGUUUCCCGGAUGAUGCUCUUAUGAUUUGUGUUUACUUCUCCAAGCGGCAGGAACGCUGAAAACUCUAAAGGAGCAUACUUAUGGCACAGAUACAGAGAUGAGUGACAGUAUGUCACGCACCGGGCGGCAAGGCUACUCGAUACGCCACCUGCUACAGCUACCAAACGCCGCCCGCAGCUCUCCUGGACCCAACCCGCCCACGCCCAGCGCCAAGGCCUCAUUACGGCAACGCGUCCCAUCUCCGGCCGAUCAAAAUGCAAGAGACUGCGACGACGACAGCUUAGACAGGAAUAAAGAAGAGCCUGUGGUGAUACACAAACUUUUCCGACCUGCCACCUCAACGUCGUCCACGACGUCGCCGAUGAAUACGUUCUCAUCGUUGCCGCAAAUAAACAAAAGAAGAUUUGAUUUUGGGGUAGAUGUAGAAGCCUUUAGAAUUAUUGACAGACAACAUAACCAAGGCAGCGUCGAAGAAUCGAUGGAUGAAGAAACGGGGAGUAAAAGACGACGGCGACUUCUCGAUGAUGAGAGACGGGAUGAAUCUGACCAGCGUUGUCUAGUCUAUACACAUAAUCUUCACCAGCCCAUAGAAGAAAACAAUCUUCUUCCUAGGACGCCUUCAGCUUUAAAUUCUUUACCCAGUUGGUCUCGCGAUGAAAAUUCUAUUCAAAGCGAAGACAACGAAGAUAACAACGACUUCGAUACUUUGUUCCUUGACAAGCGAUCCGAUAAAAUGUUACCGUCAUCACCGUCACAAUCUUCAGAUACUACGGAUGGCACACAGAGAAGUUUCGAUUUGAACAACCAAAUCGGCGAACAAGAGGCUAAUGAUAAUGACAACGUCGGCUCCAGUAAUGUCGUCAUAGAGAAAAUAGAACCUGACAGUAACGAUGACGGUCUAAGGGAUAAUAAAAUAUGUAAUAAUUACGAUGAAAACAACUUUGAUGAUCUCGCUGAUUCUUCUUCUAAUGAACUUGAAAUCGACAUGUCCGACAGAAUCGAUGAUAGAUACGAUGACGAAAGGGAAGCUAAAUCUAAACGGAAAGAGCAUAAAAUUCCUACGACGUCUUUUCCGAGUGAGCCGUUCGGCGGAUACUCUAAUGAUCACGAGAAGAAUUCGAAAGUUUCAAAACAAUACACGAUCUUACAACCGGCCGGGUUAGGCUCCCGCGCCGCCACAGCGCUGCACGAGGCUCGGACCGUGCCAUCGGCGCAGCCCACGCGCGAUUCACGCCCGCUUAAUGCACUCUCUCCGCCGGCCUCCAGAGAAGGCAACAAGUGUCCGACUCCCGGUUGCAAUGGGCAGGGCCACGUCACCGGCCUUUACUCGCAUCACCGAAGUCUGUCAGGAUGUCCAAGAAAGGAUAAAGUUACACCAGAGAUACUGGCGUUGCACGAGACAAUCUUAAAGUGCCCGACGCCGGGUUGCAACGGUCGCGGCCACGUUAGCUCGAAUCGCAGCACACACAGGUCACUAUCCGGUUGUCCAGCUGCAGCCGCGAGGAAAGCUGCUGCCAGGACCCAACGUGCUAGACCUAUCGUUUUAUCAGCACCAGUUCCAUCAAUAUCUGCUCAGAGUGCGAUAAUUGACACCGGAAGUACGCCACAAAAACGCGAGCCCGAAGAAGCGGCAUCGCCGCAAAGUCCAGUCGUGAAGCGGGAAGCCCCCGAGCUGCUUGUCCCAAAGCGAGAGGCCGCCGAGCCCGAGCGCGACUCUCCCGCCAUGGAGACGCGCCACGCCGGCUACGGCGCGCCGCCGGAUCAGCGCUCGCCCUAUGAGCGGCCACCAGAUGAUCACGUCAGGUCAUAUAGCCAAAUGAAUGAGACACGGUACGGCUACGAAGCUCGAUGUUACGAAGGUGCCACGGCGUUUGAACGGUACGACCCUCAAUGUCCGCAGCGGCCCUACGGCUGGGAGGAGGAACGGUACCACGACCCACACUUACCUACUCCGAUGAAAACGGAUCAAUCCGAACAGGAUGCCAGCUCCGGACCCAUUUAUCCUAGACCGAUGUACCACUACGAGGCGGGUGGCGGGGUAGUGGGCGGUGUGGGAGCGAUGGCCGGCGUCCCAACGGGUUUCUCCGCGAUCAAUCUCUCUGUGAAGAUAGCCGCGGCGCAGGCGCAGCGUCCACGGAGCCCGACGCCCCGAGACCCCCGCGAUCCCCGCCCGGCUAUAGACCUGUCCUCGUCUAGUGGCAGUCCACAGGGUCCCUACGCGUCCCCGGUGUACAGUAGCGCCGGCGGGGCGCGAGGCAGCCCACAGCCUGGCGCUUCGCCUCAACUCACCGCCAGCCCUCAGGUGCCCAGCCCGCAGGGCCAGACCCUCGACCUUAGCGUCACCCGUUUACCACAUAGUAGAGCGUUCCCCGGCGGUGUAACGUAUAGUCGGGAAUCUACGCCAGACAGUGGCGGAAGCCAUCCUUACCUAGAGGCAUAUCAUCGAGAUACAGCGGGCUACGGAGGCGUGAGUCCACACCCGGUGGCCGGCUACGGUUUAGGUCAACCAGACUACGCGGCGGCGGCCGCAGCGGCGGGCUACGGCGGCUACCAGUACCAGUGUGGAGCAUACCCGCCGCCGCCUGCCUAUCCGCCCCACGCGCCGCCCUACUCGCCGCCCUGCUAUAUGCCACCGCCUCACGCGCCACACGAUAAACCUAAGGACAGCAGUUUGUAUAUGUGCAGUCUAUCUGGAUGUCCGCGCGCCGACCGAUCUCAACUCCAGCCCCAUUCACAAGAGCUGAAGUGCCCGACGCCAGGUUGUGAUGGGUCAGGUCACGUCACAGGGAACUACUCCUCACACCGAUCCCUGUCUGGCUGUCCCAGGGCAAACAAACCCAAGAGCAAACCCCGAGAUGGACAAGAUUCAGAACCACUCAGAUGUCCUAUUCCGGGUUGUGAUGGAUCUGGACAUGCCACAGGGAAAUUUUUAUCACAUAGAAGUGCAUCCGGAUGCCCGAUAGCGAAUCGAAACAAAAUGCGGGUGCUCGAAAGUGGCGGGACAGUCGAACAACACAAGGCGGCAGUGGCAGCCGCCGCUUCGGCGAUCAAAUUCGAUGGAGUCAAUUGUCCUACACCCGGUUGUGACGGGUCCGGGCAUAUAAACGGGUCUUUUCUGACGCAUCGCUCGCUGUCAGGGUGUCCGGUAGCCGGCGCCACGACGCCCACGCCUCAACCCAAAAAGGCCAAAUACCCAGAUGACAUUACGCCUCUUUAUCCAAAGCCGUACUCAAGCAUGGACAUCAACAUGCAGACCGGAAACGGCGAGGACCUUAUGACGUUGGAACAAGAAAUUACUGAAUUACAACGAGAGAACGCCAGGGUAGAGUCGCAAAUGCUGCGGCUGAAAUCUGACAUCAACGCUAUGGAGUCACAUCUCAGCACCGGGGAAAGGGAAAACCAGUUGAUGUCGCAACGAAACAACAAUCUGAACGAGUACUACGAGAGCCUGAGAAAUAACGUAAUAACGCUGUUAGAGCACGUGAAGAUCCCCGGCGGGGGAGCCGCACACGUGACGUCAUCGGGCGCCCCUGGGGCCGCACCGCCGCCCGCGCCCGGUGACAAGCCCGCCCACGACAACUUCGACUCCUACCUAACCAAGCUGCAGACCCUAUGUUCCCCGGACGGGUACUGCCCAGACGAAAACCGGCCCAUCUACGAAACCGUUAAGAACGCGCUUCAAGACUUUACAGUGCUUCCGACCCCCAUUUAAGGCUCGCCGAGCGCCGCCGAAAGCGAUCAGACGCGCUAAUCGCCAACGACGGGGCUUACUCGAGUUAAUAGUGAAGUGUGCGGACGAAGAGACCGUUCAGUCUCCGGAGAAGCGGACCGUAGAACUGUUUUGUAAACUGUUGUAUACGAUGUGUGAAUUCUUUGAGACGUCACGUUUACAUUGAAACAGACUAAUAUCACUAAGAUCGUAAUUCUAGUCUAAAAUGAAUUUUAACACUGUUAUUCGUAUGUAUGCUUAAAUUAAUGUAAGGAGAACUUUAUACUUGUAAUGUGAACGAUUUUAGUCCCAUACGCGUCUCUAUAUAUAACUGUAAAUACUGUGUAUUUAUUUCGUAGUUAUAGGCACACAAGCGGAUGAUAUUUCUGAUUCACGCUCACAUAUAGAUUACAGAGAAGGUCCCUCUCGGAAGGAAAUAGGAAAUAAUAUAAUUCCUCUCCCUUCUGCCGCAUUGUAGGGGGUGCGGGUGUGUGCCAAAUACUGCUGGACUUUAACGGGGUGGAAGUUACGGGGAUCGAACAUAUUUGUAAAAACAUAUAAAAGUUAAGAGACACUAGUCAGUUUACUUGUACAUAAAUGAUUGUGAAUAUUAGUUAAGACGCACAGGCGUCAUAGUAAUGAGAUCUCAUUAGGUGGAGUAAGGUCCUUCAGUCAUUAAUUGAUACCCAAUUAUAGGAAUAAUCCUUGUUAGCCAAUGUUCACUUCGCUGUGAUUUUGUUAUUGUUAUUUAUUUAUUGUUGUUUGCGGAAUGUGAUAGUUCGAAUUGAGAUCGGAGGCUGUUAAUUUGCAAUAUGUUUUGUGCUUUAUAAGGAAAUGUUUUAUUUAUCUUUGAGACGCACCGACAAACGUCAUUUGUGUUAUUAUUAUGACUAAAGUGAAAAGUGAAAACGGACAGUGAACGAACCUUAAAUAUAUACGCAUUAAAUAAUACCUAUUACUAUGUUACUAAUCUGAUUGUCAUAUAUGUUUCUGUAAUAUAUUGAGUAUGUGUUGUU